GUAACAGUGUAGUAAUAAGGUACUCUAGUGACAUCUUCUUUCACUGAUCGAACAUUGCUGUUUCUAUUUCUUUUCAAUUGGCACGUUAUAUGCGGCGUACAGAAAUUUUGGCGAGCAGACAGUUGUUGCAUCAAUCUGACAAUCUGUAACGAGUCAAGAAAUUUAUUUGCAUCUUUAUUAUUGAAUAUAUCAUCUAAACCAUGGAGAAAGCAGCAUUAGCACGAGAGAAGGUAUGGUUUGACAAACCAUCCUAUGACAAGGCAGAACGAUUAUACUUUGAAAGAAUGGCCAAGGUGGUGUCUCAUAAAAUUAUGGAAAGCUGCUCGCUUAAAUCUGAAGUUUCUGUAAUUAAUAACUGUCAAGAUAAUUCCCUUUUGACUAAAACAAGGUCUGAAAAAUCUAAAGAUAAUAAGUUAUUGAUUUCUGAGAAUAUUUCAAAUGAUAUAAAGAAUUCUAAGUGUCAAAUAAACGCAUCAAAGAUUAAUAAAGAUGAAGAAAAAUUGAAUAUACAAAAAAAAGAAAAUAUAGAAGAAAAGCAAAAGUCUGAUAAUAUCAAAAAUGACUUAAAAGAGAAAGAGAAGGAGAAUAGUUCUUCAAAUGAUGCAUCUAAAAAGUAUAAUACGAAAGAAGUAAAAGAGAAAAAGAAUAAAGCAGAUACAAGACACAGAAAUAGAAAACACAAAAACGAUACUAAGGAAAUAAAAGAAAAUGUUACUCCAUUAAUAAGGAAUAAGCAGCAGUUACCUAUUCAGGGGAAUCAACAAACUGCUAGUCCCAUUCUAUCUGCUGGUGGAAGUUUAGCCAAUGAGGUUGCCAAGGCUCGUCAACAUAUUAAACAGUCUUUACAGUGUAUGGAUGAUAUUGCAGCUGUUGCUGGUUUCAGUACUCCAAAUGAUAAUAAAAAGGAUAUUAUAGAAUGUAGUGUCUUCCAAGAACUACAAAAUGCUGUUGAAAAAUUGGAGGAACGUGUAAAAGCUCUUGAGGACAAGAUUUUCGUAUCUGCUGUUCCAACAUUAGCAGUUUGUCCCGCUAAACCUCAACCAGCUUCAAAACCAGCACAAGAAAAAGCUGAUGACGACGAAGAUGUUGAUCUUUUCGGUUCAGAUUCAGAGGGAGAAGAUGCAGAAGCUGCAAAAAUUAGGGAAGAAAGACUGGCUGCAUAUACUGCAAAGAAAGCUAAGAAGCCAGUCCUGAUUGCAAAGUCAAAUAUCAUAUUAGACGUAAAACCAUGGGAUGAUGAAACAGAUAUGAAAGCAAUGGAAGAGGAAGUUCGAAAGAUCGAAACCGAUGGUCUUUUGUGGGGAGCGUCAAAACUUGUUCCGCUUGCCUUUGGAAUUCACAAACUUCAGAUUUCGUGUGUCGUAGAAGAUGACAAAGUUUCUGUAGAUUGGCUUACAGAAAAGAUUCAGGAAAUCGAGGAUUAUGUACAAAGCGUAGAUAUUGCAGCUUUUAAUAAAGUAUAAAAUAUUAACGAAGUUUCCUUCGUAGAAAAAUAUCUGACGGUUCUAAUUGCAAUCAGGCAUUGGUCUGUUGUGCCAUCUUUUCAUUCCACUAGCAAUAUCUACUUUGAUAAAUACAUUGCAUACGUGUCCUAUAUAAAACGCGACUGUCCAAAAAUGAAGAACCUAGUUAUUGUACUCCAACUUUAAUAUUCGAUGUGUCAAUUUAUCAAAUCGUUUCUAAAAAUACUCGGGUAAAUUUUUAAACUGUGGUUGUAUGAUCAAUAUAUUCUUUAUAAAGAAAAAUAUAAACAUUAAAUGUUUUAAAUAUAAUUCGAUAUAUAAAAUUGUAAUAUCAAGUAGGAACAUUUCAUUUGCUAAUGAUACCGAUCAUUAACAAUAUUGUAGGUAUAUGUGUAAUACCAAGUACCAGUACCAUUUUUAAUUGUUUGUUUUGGAGUAUUGUUACUAUAAAUAAAAUUUGUCAACUUAA